GACUCCAGAUCAGAAGGUUGCGUGUUCGAUUCACGUCGGGUUCAUAUUUUGAAUUUUUUUUCCCUUUUUCGCUGGUUUGAACAAUGGGUCAAAUCCACAAAUAGUUAGACUCUCCUAGACCGCCCGAGACGAGACCAUCGCGCUACUCGAAUCUCUCCAAUCCAUGGAGGUUGCAGCCAUGGCUUCAACCGGCUUUCCGGCGGCGACCCGGCUGAUGCUCCCGUCGAAACGACCGGCGUCAAUGAAUUUAUCCCCUUCUCCGUCCAGAGUAUCUCUCUCCACAACAUUUUUCUCUCCCUUCGCCGGCGGCAGCUUAGUUUCUGAUUUCUCCGGGCAUCACAAGAUAAAACCGGAUUCACUUCACCCGUCUGUUUCCAUCUCUCGCCCUAAACGUUCGGUUGUCACUAUGGUCAUUCCUUUCACGAGGGGAAAUGCUUCAACCCAACCUCCUCCAGAUUUAGCAUCUUACUUUUUUUCAAACCGAAUAGUUUAUCUGGGGAUGUCUCUGGUUCCUUCCGUGACUGAAUUAAUACUAGCAGAGUUUCUGUACCUUCAGCAUGAAGAUCUAGACAAGCCAAUUUUCCUUUAUAUUAAUUCCACUGGGACAACUAAGGGCGAUCAGAAGUUGGGAUAUGAAACAGAGGCUUUUGCAAUUUAUGAUGCAAUGGGGUUUGUCAAGCCACCCAUUUUCACCCUUUGUGUAGGCAAUGCUUGGGGUGAAGCUGCUUUACUUCUUGCAGCGGGCGAAAAAGGAAAUCGUGCUGCCUUGCCUUCAUCUACAAUCAUGAUCAGACAGCCUAUGGGUCAGUUUCAGGGCCAAGCAACAGAUGUGAAUAUAAUGAGGAAUGAAAUGAAGAUUUUGAAAGCGGAGUUGGUGAAACUCUAUUCCAAACAUACAGGAAAAUCACCAGAACAGAUUGAAGAGGACAUAAGCCGUCCAAAAUAUUUUAAUCCGACUGCAGCAGUUGAAUAUGGAAUCAUCGAUAAGGUUCUUUACAAUGAAAAGAGCAAAGAAGACAGAGGCGUCGUGCAAAGAAGGCAUGAUUUGUCUGCAAACUGACAUUUCUCAUGGUAGAUUUUUGAAGUGAUAAAAUGCUAAAUUCUACCAGGCGCGACGUAAGUUUUGACCAUCCACCAUUCACCUGCAAUUUCGCGCAAAAGCCGAUUUGAUGCAUUUGUAUUGGCCUGCAUACAAUCUUCACUGUGUUGUGUAUUACCAUCAUGAUGCUGUAAGAUUCACUUUUUCCUUUUCUUUUGGGGGGUGGGAGUAACAGGUUCCUGUGGCUUCAUUUCACCAAAAUUUGUUGCAGUUAGUUGAACACAAUUCAAUCCUUUUUAAAAAUGUUUUGGUUCUUGAACAUUGGAACCACAUGUCAUCGACUCAUCGUAUGACAUGGGUUCCAUUUGGAGUACCUAUCAUGCUCCGUUCGUAAAAUUGACGGUUUUUAUCUCCUAAUCUCAAGUCAACCCUCUCACCCCGCCUCGACCCGAACUCACCCUCUUCAAUUGCAUUUCCCAAAGUUAGUUGAUUUUGAGGUCAAUUUUUUGACUGCACAGAAAAUUUACCAAGAGUAAGAAGCGUCAAUUCUAUGAAGAGCACCGCAGGAUGACAUUGAUAAUCAAUAUCACUCGAACCCGGCCCGCAAAACUAAAAAUACUCCUUGUUUAAUACUCCGUAAUGGAUUUUAACAUUCAUUUUAAGUAUGAGUAAUACUGAGGCCCAACAUUGUUUUAUU